AUGUUUGCGUUACGGCUCUUUUACACAAUUACGAACUUGACUCAAAUUCAGAUUCCGUGUAACCUAUGUGCACAGACUUUUCCCACUGAAAGUCAGUACUAUGAACACAAAAUAGUCCACGUGAAGGAGAGAAAUGAGUCAAGUCAUCACACCAGACCGAAACUAGUACCUCUUAGAGAAAUAAAACCAGCUCCAGCCCCUCCAGCACCACCUCCGGUCAAGAUAGUGCCAGCACCUUGUAGAAUUCCUUGCAAUCUUUGUCCGGAGACUUUUUUUAGUGAAAGUGAAUAUUAUACGCACAAAAUUAUCCACGUUAAAGAAAAGAAUUGGAUGACUGCGCUGGAAAGAUUAGAAAAUUCUAGUGAUAAGGUGAAUAAGGUGAAGUUGACAGCUUGUGAAAUUUGUAAGCAGGUUAUGCCUGUGUCCAAGAUGGCUUUGGGUAUUCAACAUCCUCCAUUCAACGGGUUGUUUUGGUCUGAUUCUAUAAAUGAAGAUUCUCACUCCGUUACUUGUACCGUUUGUUUCAAAGCAUUUCCGUCCAACUUUAAGCUAAAAAGACACCAAUUACGCCAUAGAGAAAGAACGAAAAAGUGUCCUUUCUGUUCACGCAUGUUUAUUACAAACGAAGAAAUACAAACCCAUAUAAAGUUCGUCCAUGAGAAAAAACGAGAGGUCGUUUGCCAGAUCUGUGAUUAUAAAACCCACACCAACGCCACUUUAAAAAUGCAUAUAGUAAGGCAUCACACUAAAGACUAUUCGUUUACGUGUAAAAUUUGCAACAUUGGUUUCGCUAGUAAAGGGAGUUUUAACAAUCAUGUGGAUAUCGUUCAUGAAGGACGUCGAUUGGUCUGCGAAGUGUGUUCCAAGUCUUUCAAAACUCAAGGCGCUUACAAGGAACAUGUAGAAAAACACGACCCUAACAAAGACAAAAGCGUUUUUCGCUGCCAAGUUUGUAGCAAACUGCAAGGUUCAGCAAGCCAGAUGAAAAGACACGUGCGGGAGCACAAGGCCACAGUCGAGUCGUACCUUUGUGAUAUAUGUGGAAAGAGUCUUACUUCAAAUACAAGUUUAAAAUGCCACAUUCUAACUCAUACGGGUGUAAAGAAAUUUGUUUGUGAUAGUUGUGGUAAAACGUUUACCACAAAGAAGCUGCUUGUGGUGCAUACAAGAGUGCACACAAGGGAGAAACCGUUUAAGUGUGAGACUUGCAAUAAAGCCUUUUCGCAGAGAGGUAGCCUUACCAUUCACAUGCGGUAUCACACCGGGGAGAAGCCUUACAAAUGUGAUGUUUGUCCGAAGGCGUUAACCGCUUCGGAAGACACUGGAAUUCUCAGUUGCUCAUUUUGUCAGAAGACGUUUUCGUCCAUACGUAAACUGCGUAAACAUGAGUAUUUACACAAUAAGACAGUUAAGUGUCUUUAUUGCGACAAAUAUUUUUCACAUAACUACAAUAUGAUGACUCACGUUAACAAUGUGCACGUCACAGUAAGAGAAAUGUUCAAGUGUGACAUUUGCGAUUAUACCACUAAACAUAAAUUAUCCUUGAACACUCACAUAAUGAGCAAGCACACAAGCAUACAAGACUUCGCUUCUACUGUAUACAAGUGCGAAACGUGUGACAAAAAAUUCCCGUCAAAAAGCCAACUCGAACGCCACGAAAAAAUUUUCCAUCAAGGUUUACGUCAUGUUUGCAAGACUUGCGGAAAAGUUUUUAAGAACGAGGCUUUUUUCAAAAAGCAUUGCCAAACCCAUGAUCCUGAUUACAUCAGGCCGGUUUUUACCUGCGAAAUCUGUUCCACUGUUUUGCGUAAAAAGGAGGCAUAUAAGAACCAUAUGCAGAGACAUAAGGGGCAAGUGGUUAGUUAUGUUUGUGAUAUAUGUGGUAAAGUUAUAGCUACUUUAAAUGGUUUGAACCAACACAAGAAGAUACAUGCAGGGAAGAAAAAUUUUUUAUGUGUAACUUGCGGAAAAGAUUUCAUUAGAAAUCAGUCUCUGGUUGUGCAUAGUAGAGUUCAUACGAAGGAGCGGCCAUUUCAGUGCUUGAUUUGUGGUAAAAGAUUCACUCAGAAAUCUUCUCUUAAUAUUCAUACGAGGCUUCCCACUCCAGAAGAAAUUGGAAUUCUCAGUUGCACGUAUUGCCAGAAGAAAUUUUCGUGUCCACGUAAACUGCGCAAACACACCUAUUUACAUAAUAAAAGAGUUAAAUGUCUUUACUGUGACAAGUAUUUCUCACAAAAGUACAUGAUGAUGACUCACGUUAACAAUGUGCACGUCACAGUACGAGAAAUAUUCAAGUGCGAGAUUUGCGAUUACACCUCCAAGUAUAAAUUAUCAGUGAAAACUCACACAAUCAGAAAACACACGAAAGACUUCGCUUACGCAUGCGAAACCUGUGGCAAAAAAUAUCUAACGAAACCUGAACUUGAAACUCACGAAAAAAGUAAUCACCAAGGGUUGUGUCAUGUGUGUGCCACCUGCGGGAAAGUUUUUAGGAAUAAAGACUAUUUCAAAGACCAUUGCAAAACCCAUGAUCCUGAUUACGUCAAGCAGGUUUUUACCUGCACCAUCUGCUCCACUGUUUUGCAUAAAAAGCAGGCGUAUAAGAAACAUAUGCUAAGACAUAGCGGACAAGCGAUUAAUUAUGUUUGUGAUAUAUGUGGAAAAGUUAUUACUUCCUUAGCUAGUUUGAAGCAACACAAGAAGACACAUACGGGGGAGAAAAAUUUUUUGUGUGUAACAUGUGGGAAAGACUUUGUUACAAAUCAAUCUUUGACGGUACACACUAGGAUUCAUACGAAGGAGCGACCAUUUCAGUGCCUGAUUUGUCAUAAACGAUUUACUCAGAAACCCUCUCUUAAUAUUCAUAUGCGGUACCAUACUGGAGAGAGGCCAUUCGAGUGCACCUUGUGUUCGAAGAAAUUUGUGACUAGAACAUUAUUAAAAGAUCACAAUUGCAACGUGUCUCAGGCUAUCUACAACUGUGGACGUAAUUCGUCUAAUGGGAAGAUGAGGUUCACCACUCCAAAUGACACCGAAAUAAUCAGCUGCACCCAUUGUCAGAAGAUAUUUUCCUCCGCAGAUAAACUGCGGAAACACAUGUAUACUCACAAAAAGACAGUUAAAUGUCUUUACUGUGAUAAGUAUUUUUCCCAUAACUAUAAUAUGAUGACUCACGUUAACAAUGUGCACGUCACAGUAAGAAAAACCUUUAAGUGUGAGAUUUGCGAUUAUACUGCCAAAUUUAAAACGUCAGUGGAAAUUCAUACAACCAGAAUACACACAAAAGACUACGCUUACGAAUGCGAAUCUUGUGGCAAAAAAUAUCUAACGAGAAGUGAACUUGAAAAUCAUGAAAAAAUUUAUCACCAAGGCUUACUUCAUGUUUGUAAAACUUGCGGAAAAGUUUUUAAGGACAAAGAGUAUUUCAAAGAGCAUUGCAAAAGCCACGAUCCUGAUUAUAUCAAGCAAGUUUUUACUUGCGAAAUCUGCUCUAGUAUUUUACAUAAUAAGUAUACGUAUAGGAAACAUAUGAAAAGACACAGUGGACAAGCUAAUAGUUAUGUUUGUGAUGUAUGUGGAAAAGUUGUAACCACCCUUGGAGGUUUGAGGAAACACAAGAAGAUACACACAGGGGAGAAAAAAUAUCUGUGUGUAACAUGUGGGAAAGAUUUUGCUACAAAUCAGUCUCUGAUUGUGCACACCAGGGUCCACACGAAGGAGCGACCGUUUCAGUGCCUGUUAUGUAAUAAACGAUUCACUCAGAAAUCUUCUCUUAAUAUUCAUAUUCGGUACCAUACUGGAGAGAGGCCAUUCGAGUGCACCUUGUGUUCGAAGAAAUUUGUGACUAAAACAUUAUUAAAAGAUCACAAUUGUAAAACUUAG